UCAGUUUCACUACCUCCUGUGACUCACUGUUUGCAUGUUUGAAUUCUGUUUGUUUUCCUUUAUUAUGACUACUGCCAAACUGGAGUUUGCGUGCAUAAGAGGAGCAGACAAAAUAAUGGGAGUCAGGUAAUCAAAUUUCUUUUUUUUUUCUUGGAAUUUGCAGGACUGGCAGUACUUCAAUAUUCGACUGCAAACGUCAGCUUGCGAGUGUGGUGUAGAGAGUAGAUAUAGAUAUAACUGAGAGAGCACACGGCUGAUGGAGUAGUCGUGAGUAAAAAAAAAAAAAAAAAAAACUAAAACAAAUUGAAUUACACUAAUAUAUGUAAAAUACUACCGAUAAUAAAAAUAUGAAUAAAAAAAUAGCCUAUAUAUAUAUAUAAAUAUAAAUAUAAGUAUAUAAAUGUAUGCUUACAACCUACAUGUAUGCACAAAGAUUUUCAAUUGGUUCAAGUUAAGUUGAUUCUAUUCUACAGGAAUGUUAAAAUUGUUUAUUGAUCACAUGAAACCCCUGACAAUCACACUGUAGAACAUCCAGGGCAUUAACUCAUCAAGUUUUGGAUGUGAAGUCAAAACCCUGGAUUUUAAGAAAAGUGUAUUAGACAUAGACAUAAUAAUAUUACAACAUGGCGCAGAACUGAUGAGGUCACUCUUUGUCCCCCAGGAUGUCGGGAAAUAUCCAUAUAUCAUCCCAAAAAUAUGAAAAAAUUACAUGUGGGAGAGAUUCAGGGGGCAUCAUAAUCUGGCACAAGCUUGAAAUGGCUAAAUACAUUCAAAUAAUUAAAAAAGAAAAAUCUCAUAUCUGGCUAAAAAUCAAUAAGCAGCUUAGUCAAACUACGAAAGAUAUAUUCUUAUGUGCUAUUUAUAUUCCUCCCUCUGAAUCUCCUUACUAUAAUGAAAACAUCUUUGAGACCCUCCACAGUCAAAUCAACCACUUCCAGGCCCAGGGAUGUGUGUUAAUCUGUGGGGAUCUCAACGCAAGAACGGGAUCCCUACUCGACUACGCCACAGAAAACGUGAAUAAUUAUAUAUUUGGACAGAGCUUUCAACAAAACAAAAUACAUUUUUCAAGGACUAACUCUGUUUCCCAAAUAAAUAAAAACGGGCGGCUUCUAUUUGAGCUCUGUCGAAGCCUCGGUCUGUACCUCGUCAAUGGCAAGGUGAGAGGGGAUUCUAUAGGGAGAUACACCUAUAGUUCAUUUCAUGGUUGCUCAACAGUUGACUACAUGUUCACAGAUUUUGAUCUAUUCUCUUUCAGAGCCUUCACGGUCAAACCACUAACACCCCUAUCAGAUCACAGCCAAAUUACUGUGUAUCUAAAAAGGACAGAAAAUACUAACAUACAUGCACAACCCAGUAAGCUGUAUAACAUUACAAAAAAUUACAGAUGGGUCCAAGACAGCACAGAAAAAUACCCGACUGCAUUUGACCACCCCCAAGUGUGCUUAUUAAUGGAUAACUUUAUAGAAAAUAUUUAUCCUCAUAAUGAAGAUGGCAUAAAUAUGGCUGUAGAAAACAUAAAUUACAUAUUUGAUUAUUUAGCAACAAUAUCUAAUCUUAAAACCACUAAGAAAUCUCAUAAGCAAAAAGAAAAAAAUGAAAAAUGGUUUGAUUUGGAUUGUAAAAAAAUAAAGAAAAAUUUGAGACAGCUUGCAAAUCAAAAACACAAGACAACCAGACGAUUCAGAUUUACGUCUUCAUUAUUGUGAGGAGCUUAAAAAAUAUAAAAACACACUCAGAAAAAAGAAAGAACAGUACAUCCAAAAUCAGCUCAAAACUAUUGAAGAAUGGGUCCGUUCAAACAGUUUUUGGGACAACUGGAAUCUCCUGAAUAAAAAGAAUCAUAACUAUUCAAGACGGUGACACAUGGAGAAAGCACUUUGAACAACUUUAUAGCAAAUUAAACAUGAAUAUAGAACAAACACAGAUAUAUGAAAAAUUAAAUCAUAUAGAAAAUAUAAUUGUCAAAUACCAAAAUCUUCUAGAUUACCCAAUUACUGAAAAAGAGCUGAUGGAUAAAAUACAAACCCUGCCAACAAAAAAGGCAAGUGGACCUGACGGCAUCCUAAAUGAAAUGAUUAAAAAUAUGCCAUAAUGAAACUGUUCAACAUGGUUCUGAGUGUUGUCAUUUCCCUGACACCUGGAAUAGAGGACUCAUAAUGCCCAUAUUCAAGAGUGGAGACAAAUCAGACCCAAACAAUUACAGGGGCAUCUGUGUGUGCAGUAGUCUGGGGAAACUGUUCUGCAACACGAGACUCAUACACUUCCUUACAGGACACAAUGUCCUGAGCAAAAGUCAGAUUGGAUUCUUAGCAAAUUAUAGAACAUCAGACCAUAUCUUCACCCUACAUACUCUGAUCAACAAAUACGUUAACCAAAACAAAACCAAAAUUUUUGCUUGCUUUGUAGAUUUCCAGAAGGCCUUUGAUUCAAUUUGGCAUGAAGGUCUUCAGUCUAAACUUCUAGAAUCAGAUGAUCUGGUCCUGCUGUCUCCAACAGAAGAGGGUCUACAGAAGAACCUGGACAUCCUGCAUCGGUUCUGUCAGACCUGGGCCCUUGACUAUUAACCCAACUAAAACAAAAAUAAAUUCUAACAUUCCAGAAAAGACCUAGAUGUUAGGGAAAGAAACACAAUUUCACCCUUGGUACGAAAAACAAUUGAUGAUGCCACAAGCUACACAUACCUCAGGCUGAAAAUAUGUGCAACUGGAAAGCUAAAUUUGGCAGUGAAUGAACUGAAAGAGAAAGCAAGAAGGGCCUUCUAUGCCAUCAAAAAAAAUCUAUCCAAAUUGAAAUACCAAUCAGAAUCUGGCUCAAAAUAUUCCAAUCAGUCAUAGCACCUAUUGCACUAUAUGGCAGUGAAGUUUGGGUCCUCUUCUAAACCACGAAUUUAAAGGUGCCCUCGAAUAUCUUGGCAUAGUUAAAUAACAAGUGUUCAGUACAUGGAAAUGACAUACA